GAGUCACUGUAGGGUGAGGAGUUACAGUAGGGUAACUAGUCAGUGAGGUGUGAGGGAUCAGCUGGUAACGUCGUCUGCAUGUGGCUGCCACGCACUUUAACAAGGCUGGGUAAUAAACAUGGAACCCCAAGAUUAGGUUAAGGUUGAACUUCAGAUUAAGUGUUUGAUUGACUGAGGACAUAUUACCAUUUCCUACUAAAGGCUUCAGCUGACUACUACCGGUCCUGUUGUCAGUCGGCAGUACAAAAAGUUCCCCUUGUUCUGCAACAUGGAUGCUCCUGUACAGUUCAAGGGAAUCCGAGAUAGAUUCUCUGGUAUAACAAUAUCCUCUGUGGAAGAACCAGCAUCUGCAUGUGACUUUGAAGCUGUUUUACAAGCAUCUUUGGCUCAUUGGCGGAAAGAAAAAAUUAGAGGAGUUUGGUUUAAAGUUGACCUUCAGCAUGCGGAAUGGGUGCCUAUCUUGGCCAAGCAUGGCUUUGUGUAUCACCAUGCCCAUUCCCAGUACGUGAUGAUGUUGAAGUGGUUAGCAGUCACUGAACCAAAUAAUAUACCAAGGUAUGCACAUACUGUAGUGGGAGUUGGUGCUUUUGUGGUGAAUGAUCAGGAUGAGUUGCUGGUUGUUCGAGAAAGAUUCCAUACUCGUCCACACUGGAAGCUGCCUGGAGGAUAUGUUGAGUCUGGAGAGGAUCUUAGUACUGCAGCUGUGAGAGAAGUGAAAGAAGAAACUGGUGUGGAUUCUGAAUUUGUGUCUUUGGUGUCGUUUCGUCACGUCCAUGGUGCAACCUAUAAUUGCUCAGACAUAUAUUUUAUUGUCCAUCUCCGUCCUGUUACUAAAAGAAUUACCAUGUGCCAGAAGGAGCUUGCUGCAUGUGAAUGGAUGAAGCUUCAAGACUAUGUAAAGCAUCCAUAUGUCCAUGACACAAACAGAUUCUUUGCUGAACGCUUCCUCGAGUGCCGUAGGAAUGGAGUCCAAAUAGAAUCAACGGAUCUCUACAGCCCAUCGUUUAAGAAGAAUCAAGUAAUAUACAGCAUUACUUGUAAAGCCGAGGAAGAAUGUAUAUACGAUCAAGAUAGUCACACUUCAGCAGACACACAUUGUAUCUUAAAUGGUGAUCCAAAACUUUAGUGUAAUGGACUAGUAAGUUCAGUUAAGUUGUUAUAUUAUUUUCCUUGUUGGCUAUUUAAACCUAGUCAUUGUUUUCAUAUACAUUACUGUAUAUGAUUUUUUAUUAUUCAGGAAUUCACAAAAAUGCACCAAACCCAUGUGGGCCUUGUAGUGCUGUAUGUGACUAAAAUACAUGUACCAUGCAGUACUAUAUAGUUAAAGAGAUAUAUUAUUACCUCUGAUUCUUUUUUAUUUAGUGUCUUGUUCAUCAGUCAGUUAACAGAUGGAGAACUUGUUUGAGUACCAUGUCAUACUAGGAAAUUGCUCAUUCACCUUGUGUAAUAAUAGACAAGUAUCUUGAGUGUUGGACACUGCAUGCCACAUUUGGGCAUUUCCUCAGGGAAUACUACAGUUAUUGUUUCUAUGUUUUGUUGUUAUUUUUGUAAGUAAAAUAAUGUAGGCUGCCAGCAGCUAACUCAUGAAGAGGUAGUAUUGUAUAGGAAUUUAACCAAAAUUCUCAUGGAAGUAUGGGUGUGAGGAGAUGAUGCUACUUUUAUUGAUCAUUAAACAGUUUGAAUUUAACCUGUUACUUCUGUCUUUAGGUUGUAAUAUUCCUCUGCUUUUGCCCUAAGCAGCUUUUUACAAGACUGCUAAUGACUGAGCAAGAGUGAGGCCUAUCACAACUCAAAGAUACAUUGAUGAGGUCUGGUUUGGAUUUGGUUUAAUGACCUAGCAGAGUAGUGGUAGUAUCUCACUCAUAGUUUUCAUAGGUGUGAAACACCUGUGAGAACUAUGAGUUGGUUAACAUAAAAUUCCUCUCUUUUAUGCUUUUACAUUCACAAUGGUGUGGAAUUUCAACUUGUUGUAACUCAAGCAUCAAACCAAAAGAUUUACUGAUUAGUCGAAUUUUGAAAAUAUUUUGAACUUGUUCAAAAUUCCUUUGUAAUUUAGACAAAUUUUAAUUUGGAUUAUAUUUUUCUAUAAUGAAUAUUUUAUUCACUGAAUGGCAGUAGGAAAUUUAUGAUCUUUAAACUUUGAAGGGCAAAUGAAAGUUGCAUCUUUCAUAAUCAUACUUUUUCUUGUCAGUACAGUACUGUAUUGUAUUUACUGAUUUGCAUAGACAAAUAUUAUUACCUGUAUAUAAGACUUGAUAAUUGGCAUCUUGUUGUGAGUACCAUAUGUUGAAAUGAUCUGCCCUAAUGAAGGAUGUGACAGACUUUACUGUACUGUGGCUCAGUACACUUUCACUAACAAAAUUAGUUAGGAGAUGUUCUUAAGGAUGUACUGCAUACCCGUGAGAUGCUAUACAAGAUGCAAAAUCAUUUAAAUUUAUAUAUAAUUUUUUUUUUCAACAAGUCGGCAUCUCCCACAGAGGCAGGGUGACCCAAAAAGAAAGAAAAUCCCAAAAAAGAAAAAACUUUCAUCAUUCAACACUUUCACCUUACUCAUACAUAAUCACUGUUUUUGCAGAGGUGCCCAGAACACGAUAGUUCAGGAGCAUACACAUAUAAAGAUAUACAACAUAUCCCUCCAAACUGCCAAUAUCUCAAACCUUUCCUUUAAAGUGCAGGCAUUGUACUUCCCAUUUCCAGGACUCGAGUCCAGCUAUAUAAAAAUAACCGGUUUCCCUGAAUCCCUUCACUAAAUAUUACCCUGCUCACACUCCAACAGAUCGUCAAGUCCCAAAUACCAUUCGUCUUCAUUCACUCCUAUCUAACACACUCACGCAUGCUUGCUGGAAGUUCAAGCCCCUCGCCCACAAAACCUCUUUUACCCCUCCCUCCAACCUUUUUGAGGACGACCCCUAACCCACCUUCCUUUCCCUACAGAUUUAUACGCUCUCCAUGUCAUUCUACUUUGAUCCAUUCUCUCUAAAUGACCAAACCACCUCAACAACUCUUCUUCAGCCCUCUGACUAAUACUUUUAUUAACUCCACACCUUCUCCUAAUCUCCACACACUGAAUUCUCUGCAUAAUAUUUACACCACACAUUGCCUUUAGACAGGACAUCUCCACUGCCUCCAACCACCUCCUCGCUGCAGCAUUUACAACCCAAGCUUCACACCCAUAUAAGAGUGUUGGUACCACUGUACUUCCAUACAUUCCAUUCUUUGCCUCCAUAAAUAAUGUUUUUUAUCUCCACAUAUACCUCAAUGCACUACUCACCUUUUUACCUACAUCAAUUCUAUGGUUAACCUUAUCCUUCAUAAAUCCAUCCUCUGACAUGUCAACUCACAAAUAUCUGAAAACAUUCACUUCUUCCAUGCUCCUCUUCUCCAAUUUGAUAUCCAAUUUUUCUUUAUCUAAAUCAUUUGAUACCCUUAUCACCUUACUUUUUUCUAUGUUCACUUUCAACUUUCUACCUUUACACACACUCCCAAACCUCACAUUACCUCUCUGAAGGCAACUUGCCACAGCCGGCUGAACCUCCUUAAAA